AUGCUCAUGGACGAUCCCGAACCACAGGAUCUCGAUGGCACUUUGAAAAAACUGCAAAUGCGAUAUGAGCGAGCGGAAUGGGAUGAAUGGGAGGAUGAGGACGAUAAUGAGUACAAAGGCGAAGAUUACGAAGAGGUGGAAGUUGAGGAAUCGAAGGAAAGUACAAGUCUCGAAUCAUCGCAGGAAAGUGUUCCCGAUUUCGGUGUGGUACAAGUUGAGAAACGGAAGCAAUCGAUCCUCAGGAGAAAGGCUGAAAAAAAGUCCGAUGCGUUCAGAAAAUUAAUAGCCGCAAGUAUUAAUUAUCCUGGAUGUGGGAUGAAGAAUGAGACCGCAUCAAUCGAGACGAUCAUCACUCCGGAUGAUGAGGAAUCUGACAUCCAAACUUCUGGUUCCAGUUCUACUUCCAAAAAUUAUUCAUUCCCAGAUACUGAAAUCAGCGAUUCGCAACUGAAACUCCUCAAUCUUUUCAACGUGUAUCCCAUUCCUGAUGAUCCCGGUAACGUCCGAGCUUUUUGGGCACUUUACAAUCCUGUACCGACCUACACGAACGACGGGAUAAAACGAUUUGCGGACACAAUGAAAGCCUUGAAUAUUAGACCGAUUUCUUGCAUGAACGAUCUUCUUCGUUCCGACGCAAUCAAUCUCCGAUAUUACGGAUUGGAUCCCAGGGCUGUGAAAGCCAUAUGCGAAUCCAUUUACAACAAUACUUCCGUACAAUCCUUGGACCUGAAGGAUAACUGGCUCACGUUAGACGCUUGUGAACACCUGAAAAAUCUCCUUUUGGAAACUGAGAUACUUGAGAGCAUGAACCUCAGUGGUUGUAAAAUCGGAAGUGAAGGUGUUAAAAAUCUACUGCCCGGAAUCACCGAAAACUGGUCACUCGUUGAAUUAGAUUUGAGUAAUUGCGCUCUAGGAGACGAGGGAAUGAAUAUUCUAGCGCCUGUCAUCAAGGAUAAUCAACUUCUACAGACUUUAAACCUAGCUGAUAAUCAAUUGGGAAGUGAAUGCGCGCAAGCACUGCAAGCGAUGCUGACUCAUAAUACCAAACUCUUGCAUCUAAAUCUGUCCUGGAAUGGUUUCUUCACCAAAGAAGCAUCUAUCGCACUUUUCAAAGGACUUGUUGAGAACAAAACACUUUUAUCCAUCAAUUUAUCUUGGAAUGCAUUCAACAAGGAAACUUUGCCAUCCCUCAGUACAUUUUUACAACAAAAUCAAACAUUGCAGAUUUUGAAUUUAAGUGGGAAUAGGUUUGAUGAACAGGCUGGAACUAUUAUCGCCAAAUCACUAGCAAAAAAUAUUGGUCUUCAGAAGUUAUAUUUGGGAGAUAAUCCCGUGAAACAAACCGGAGGAUCAGCUCUCAUUCAUGUUUUAAUUCCCGAACAAUCUCCAGAGUCUACCCUACAGUACGUGAAUUUGGAAAACCUUUGGGUGAACAAAGACGUCUUGCCGGACCUGGAGAAGAUCGAGAGAGAAAGACCCUGGCUUCGCGUAGAACUCGGAGGAAUAUUCAGCAACUAUAAAGUUGUAGGACCAGAUGAAGGAAUGAUAUAUUUUAAACGCGCUUUAUACGAGGGAAUAAAGCCGAAGAAAAAGAAACAGCGAAGGGAAUUCGGACACUUCAUCUUGUCACUAGAAGAUAAAUUGAAUACGAGAGGCGAGUUUACUUAUUUUGAUCUAUCGGAUCGUAUAUUUUUAUAUUGCUAGAAAAAUCGUAGAAGGGAACAUCUUCCGAAGCAUCUAAUAUGUGAAAUGAAAAUUACAGAGAACU